ACCCCUUUUGAGCGUCCCUUGGUAGCAUCAACCCGAGAGCAAUUUUUAAAUUUAUCUGAGAUUACUGCCACAAUGUCGUCCGUUGAGGAAGCUCUUAAAAGAUUCAAUACCUCCGUGGAGGAGACGAAGGUGGAGUAUCGAAGACUGGGAAAGAGUGGCUUACGAGUGUCGGUCCCCAUCCUGGGCGCCAUGAGCUUUGGUACCUCCAACUGGUUGAACUGGGUAAAGGAUGAGGAUAAAGCUCUCCCACUCCUGAAACAUGCCUACGAUGUCGGCCUCAACACUUGGGACACAGCCAACUCCUACAGCAAUGGCAUCAGUGAGAAAGUUAUCGGCAACGCCAUCAAGAAAUACAAAAUUCCGCGCCAUAAGCUUGUUAUCCUGACCAAAUGUUAUGGCUAUGUCUCCGAGGAUCCCGCUUUCCGGACGGUCAAUGUGGGUCCUCAGAUUGCGAAAUCGAAAGACUAUGUCAAUCAAGGAGGAUUGUCACGCAAAGCGAUAUUCCAAGCCGUCAAUAAUUCUUUGGCGCGACUGCAAACCGAUUACAUUGACCUGCUGCAAAUCCACCGCUUCGACCAAAACACCCCGAUCGAGGAGACUAUAGAAGCGUUGCAUGAUCUGGUGAAGUCCGGAAAAGUGCACUAUAUCGGUGCAUCCUCCAUGUGGACCUAUCAAUUCGCCUUGAUGCAAUUUGCCGCGGAGAAGAACGGAUGGACAAAGUUUGUGUCAAUGCAGAACCACUAUAGCCUUCUCUAUCGCGAAGAAGAACGAGAGAUGAACCGAUAUUGCAAUGAGACGGGCGUUGGUCUAAUUCCGUGGGCGCCUCUUGCUCGUGGAUGGCUUGCUCGCCCGCUGGAAGAGUCUGGGAAGACAGACAGGAGUUCAGGACCGCAGAACUUUGCGAAUUGGUCAACAGAGGCAGAUAAGGAAACGAUUAAGAGAGUACAGGAGUUGGCGCAGAAGAAGGGAUGGACUAUGACACAGGUGACACUAGCAUGGACGAAUGCGAAGGUGGCGAGCCCAAUUAUUGGGUUCAGUAGCUUGGAGAGGAUUGAUGACGCAGUUGCAGCGACAGGGAAAACACUAACUGAAGAAGAGACGAAGUACUUAGAGGAGUUGUAUGAGCCAAAAUCUAUUCAGGGACAUAUAUGAAUACAGAGAGAGAGAGAGAGACAUUCAUACGACCGUCAGGUCUCUCUGCGAGGCUCAUG